UGAGUUGUCAAUGAGAAAGAGAGAGAUAUCGGACACAAACACAAAACGCACAUCAUUUCUUUGCUCUGGCUCUGGCUCUGGCUCUGGUUCUAGGCAGACGAAAAGGAAACCUCUAACUGUACAUGUACUACUAUCAACUAUCGAUUUGGGACCCUCAGGGCCCGAAUCAAUGUUACCAAUAUACUCUUCGAAACAUAUCAUAAUGGGGGCAUCUACGUGGCUGCCGAAUUGCAGAACUUUACUUUACUCUGCGUACUUAUUAUUAAUAUUUUUCAAUCCAUCAUAUAAUGACGCCCCAGCGACGACUUGAC